AUGAGCUCAUCUGCGGAUUUGGAGGUUGGGUCCAAGGAGAAGAGCUUGGAUCUUAAUCAGACUGAUUUGGAUGCGGAUCUCCAAAAACCCGACUUUGUACCUCAGUACAGGCAGGAUGCUUUUGGUGAUGAGGAGAAUGCCGAGGUGAAAUAUAAGGUUCUCAAGUGGUGGCAAUGCGGUCUGCUCAUGGUCGCCGAAACCGUCUCCCUAGGUGUCUUGUCGCUACCAGCUGCUGUCGCAGGCCUUGGAUUUGUUCCUGCGAUUAUUAUUCUUAUUUUCCUCGGCUCGCUGGCUACAUAUACGGGUUAUGUGAUAGGACAAAUGAAAUGGAAAUACCCUCACAUCUCGACAAUGGCCGAUGCAGGCGAAGUUCUGGGAGGAAAAUGGGGUCGUGAAAUCCUCGGUGUCGCGCAGACUAUCUUCCUAAUCUUCGUCAUGGCCAGCCAUUUGUUGACCUUCACCGUGGCUAUGAAUACUAUCACUGGCCACGGCACCUGCUCAAUCGUAUUCGGUAUCGUGGGUAUGAUUGUAUCAUUUAUCUGUUCUCUACCCCGAACUCUGGUCAAGAUGUCAUGGCUCUCCCUAGUUUCAUUCGGAAGUAUCAUGACCGCAGUCCUGAUUGUCAUGAUCGGCGUCGGCAUCGAGAAACCCAACGGCCGCAUUGAAGUCGCCGUUGAAACAAACUUGUACCUCGGUUUCUCGGCCGUCUGCAACAUCGUUUUCGCCUUCUGCGGUCACGCAGCCUUCUUCGGCUUGAUGGCCGAAUUGAAGAACCCACGCGACUUUACCAAGUCCCUUUGUCUUCUGCAGGGUAUCGAUAUGGCACUCUACAUCAUUGCCGCUGUUGUAAUUUACCGCUAUGCCGGCGCGGACGUUACCUCGCCUGCUCUGGGAUCUGCUUCCCCUGUUGUCGCUAAGGUUGCAUAUGGUAUUGCCUUGCCUACUAUCAUCAUUGCCGGUGUCAUUAACGGCCACGUCGCAUUCAAAUACGUUUACACGCGCAUCUUCCGCGGUACGGACCGUAUGCAUAAGCGUGAUGCUGUCGCUGUUGGCUCUUGGAUCGGUAUCUCUCUUUCACUAUGGAUUCUGGCUUGGAUCAUUUCCACUGCCAUUCCAGUCUUCAGCAGUUUGCUCAGUCUGAUCACUGCCCUCUUCGCCAGUUGGUUCACCUACGGCUUAAGCGGAAUAUUCUGGCUAUUCAUGAACAAGGGCCUCUGGUCCUCCUCGCCACGAAAGAUCGCCUUGACAGCACUGAAUGUCUUCAUCAUUGCCAUCGGUGCAGCUAUCUGUGGUCUCGGCCUCUACGUCUCCGGCAAAGCAAUCCACGACAACCCCAGCAGCGAAAGCUUCUCCUGCGCUAAUAAUGCUUAA